AUGGUUCCUUGGCUGGAUUGCGUCCGGAGAUUCUGUCGGAUGAGAGCGUUUUUAAUAUUGGUGCUUAGUUAUGUGCUGUUCCUUAUCUUCGGAGCGGCGGUGUUCAUGGCACUCGAACAGCCAGGCGAGAUCGCUAUCCAAGCCGGGGUGCAAAAUCUCCGUGUCGGGUUUCUGAACGAAAACCGCUGCGUGCGAGAAAGCAGUCUGGAUAACCUGCUAAAGAAGGCGUUUUUUGCAGGGAAACGCGGUGUUGCUGUCCUGGAAGCGGAGAGCGAAGAGUACAGUUACGACUUUUCAUCGUCGCUGUUCUUUCUCACAACUUUUCUUACUACCACAGGUUACGGCAGCACCAUGCCCAUGUCCGACGAUGGGAAGCUGUUCCUGGUGAUGUACUCCCUCCUGGGCAUUCCCAUCACACUGCUGCUGCUGUCCUGCGUCACUCACCACCUGCUCCCCUGGGUGACCCACGGGCCCGUCCACCACAUCCAGACGCGCUGGGGCCUAUCCCAUCAGCGGGCGGCGCUGGUUCACGCUGGCCUGCUGCUGGCCCUCACCGCCGUGCUCUUCUUCCUGCUUCCUGCCACCACCCUCUGCCUCCUGUUACCCGACUGGAGCUUCCUGGAGUCCCUGUACUUCUGCUUCAUCUCGCUCAGCACCAUCGGCCUCGGGGACUACCUGCCGGGGCAGACCCAAAGCCUGGAGACCCGACAGGGGCUGGAGUUUGCCACCUCCUGCUACCUGCUGUUGGGUCUGGUGUUUCUCCUGGUGGUGCUGGAGACGUUCUGGGAGCUUCCACAGGCCCGGGCCCUUGUCCGGUUCUUCUCUGGAUGCCGGGAGGGCCAGAUAAAGGGGCUGGCCCUGGAUGAGCUCAUCCUCACCGCAGACACCCCGCUCACGCUAAAGGAGAGAGCCCCCCCAAAAGAGGAGCCUCAGUACUCUCUUCCCAUCUCCACCAUCUCACCUUCAAACCCGAAUGAGCCUCAGCCCUCCACCACCCAGUCCACAUCUCUGCCAGGACCGUAG